UCCUGUUGUGCCAGGGUUCACUGUGCUGUAAAGCUACUCUGAAGGCGUUUCUACCUCUUUCGACCUUUGAAGUAAUUUAAAAACUUCUCGUACUGCCUUGUAAAUUGCCUAUUUCUGCUAACAGACGUUUUUACAACUGUUUUUUGGAGGUGUCACAACGCGGGACGUCAGGUUUCGUGUUUUUAUUCGGACAUUUCUGUCGCCUUAUCUGCUCUCGAGGUGCGCUAACGUUAGCUCAGCAGCUAGCCACCAUUCCCUCGUCAAAGAACCGAUCAAUUAAAGGUUAUCGAAGACAUGGAUCGAACCACAGUCACAGCUGAAACGCCUAAGAGCCCGUGGGGGUCUGUGGCCCCGGCGGCCCCUCCCUGUUCUCUGACCGAUGUCAUGAGUGAACAACUCGCCAGACAGCUGGACGAGGAGAACAGCGCCUUUCCAGCCAUCGCAGAUCCAACCUCCGACCUGCUGCUGGUGGACGACGCCCCCGAUACGACCAGUGACCUGAUGCUCGCCCAGAUGCUGCAGAUGCAGUUUGACCGCGAGUUCGACAACCAGCUCCGCCGUGAGGAGAAGAAGUUCAACGGAGACAGUAAAGUGUCCAUCUCCUUUGAGAACUACCGCAAGGUCCAUCCAUACGAAGACAGCGACAGCUCUGAGGACGAGGUGGACUGGCAGGACACCCGCCACGACCCCUACAGGGCAGAAAAGCCUCAGACGACACCCAGGAAAGGUUUCACUGGAAAAGGCAAAAACAUCACCACUAAACAUGACGAGGUGACCUGCGGCCGUAAAAACACCGCCCGCAUGGACAACUUCGCUCCAGAGAUCCACGUGGGCGACGGCCUGGGGAUGGACCUCAAACUGUCCAAUCAGGUCUUCAACUCCCUGAAGCAGCACUGCUACAGCGAGCAACGCCGCAGCGCCCGGCUGCACGAGAAGAAGGAGCACUCCACUGCCGAACAAGCCGUGGACCCUCGCACUCGCCUCCUCAUGUACAAGAUGGUGAAUGCCGGCGUCCUGGAGAACAUCAACGGCUGCAUCAGCACCGGGAAGGAGUCUGUGGUGUUCCACGCCGACGGGGGGAGCCUGGACGAGCAGCCGGUCCCUGAGGAGGUGGUGCUGAAGGUAUUCAAGACCACGCUCAACGAGUUCAAGAACCGAGACCGAUACAUCAAAGACGACUACCGCUUCAUUGACCGCUUCAGCAAACUGAACCCACGCAAGGUCAUCAGGCUGUGGGCCGAGAAGGAGAUGCACAACCUGAGCAGGAUGAAGAAGGCAGAGAUCCCGUGUCCAGAGGUGGUUCUGUUGAAGAAACACAUCCUGGUGAUGUCAUUCAUCGGCAAAGACCACGUCCCUGCCCCCAAACUUAAAGACGCCAUGUUGAGCAGCGAGGACAUGAAGACGGCCUACCACCAGGUCCUCCAUCUGAUGCAGCAGCUCUACCAGGAGUGUCACCUGGUCCACGCUGACCUCAGUGAAUACAACAUACUCUGGCACCAAGGAAAGGUCUGGUUGAUAGACGUCAGUCAGUCCGUCGAGCCCACUCAUCCCCACGGCCUGGAGUUCCUCUUCAGAGACUGUCGGAACGUUUCCACGUUCUUCCAGAAGAGAGGCGUUAGCGAGGCCUUGAAUAUGUACGACCUUUUCAACACCGUCACCGGACUGAACAUCCCCGUCGGUGCUGAGGAUGAGUUCAUCGCCGAGAUCGUGGCGUUGGAGAAGAGGAACGAGGACCACGUCCAGAGACGAGGGAAGAAGUCGUUCCCCGUCAACUCGGAAGACGCUGACCCUCCGUUAAAACCCGACGCCGACGACUAACGCCGCCGCCGUCACCGCCGCCGCGAUCACGCCGACUUCUAAAAGCUGUAAGAGGAGGAGGACCCGAGGAGCCCCUCCACGUCCUGGUUCCACCGAUGGUCCAGAAUUAGUCUGGGACCAGACCGCCAGGACCAGAACCUGCAACAUCACAACCCAAAUCUGAAGACGUUCCAGAUCCAGUGGCGUUUGAGGCUGAAAUCUGCUGAAAACGUUCAAUCUGAGCUGCAGCGACGGUUCACACCCACCGACCGCGGUUGGACCCUGUCCAGGCUGCAGCUCCUCAGAUUGAAGAUUUGACCCUUUUCUCCAUUUUAUCGGAGAGUCAACGGAAUAUUUUUGGAUUUUGGAUUCUGGAAAAUAGUAUUUUAAUCACAUCGCUGUCAGUUAUGGGUUGUUUUCACCGCUGUUCCACUGCUUUUUUACACAUUUACAGAGAAACCAUCAUUAAAUCAGUCCCCAGAUGAACAGAUGAUGAGAUAAAUGUUAGUUGAAGCCACAAAAAUUAAAAAAAAAAAAAAAAGUGCUGUUUUUACACUUUUUCCUGUGUAUAAAUGACAUUAACCUGAAAUAUAUGGUCUAGUCAGCUUCUCUGACCCAAAAACAAUCAAUUCAACUGCCUUUGACAUUUUCUGACCUACUUUUUUUACACAUUUACAGAGAAACCAUCAUUGAAGCAGUCCUCAGAUGAACAGAUGAUAAGAUAAAUGUUAGUUGGAGCUGAAUUUUUUUUUUUUUUUUUUUUUUUUUAAGUUGCUGUUUUUACACUUUUUCCUGUGUGUAAAUGGCAUAAACCUGAAAUAUAUGGUCUAGUCAGCUUCUCUGACCC